AUGUCAGCUCUGCUCGAAAAGUACGACGCGGUUUUCAAAUCACAAGAUCUACCAGACGAUACACGGCAAUGCACCUUGUGCUCWGGGACGGGUGAUGGAGAUCCGGAAGGACCGUCGCGAUUACUUAAUCUAGACGUUGAUGUGUGGGUCCAUCUAAAUUGUGCUCUGUGGUCAUUAGAAGUUUACGAAACACUGAAUGGAGCMYUGAUGAACGUCGGGUCGGCGAUCAAAAGAGGGAACGCAACGACCAUGUUGUGCGAGGAGCAUAAACCAAGUGAYGAUAACGAACAUCGAUUGCCAUCUUACGCCGUGUUUAGGAAAGUAUUCAUCAACAGAGACGAAAUCCAACAAAUUGCAAGGACAGCUAUUACUUCAUCAGCUUCAAACGUUUCAUACAAGAAACGCUGUAUAUCCGGUACGGUUUAUGUAGAGAAGACAGUUUUAGUUAUAGUAAUGAUGGUUGGUUUCAAGACUAUUCGUUACUAUUGGAGUAUGAAAGAUGUUCGUAAGCGCUGUCAGUAUUACUGCACGGUCGAAGAUGUGAACGGGAUGCCUAGUUUCACGAUACGAACUGAGGACAACUCUUGUUUCAAAGGGAUAUCACCGAAAGAUGCAUGGAAUCAGAUCCUGUUACCUAUUCAAUCCUUACGGAAAGAUAGUAAUAGUCUCAACCUUUGGCCUUCGUACAUCACUGGAGAGGACUUAUUUGGUUUGACAGAGCAGUACGUUCUUAGGAUCAUUGAAUCGAUGCCCGGUGUGGACUAUAUGCAGGGGUAUAACAUGCGUUAUGGACCAUCACCUAUUAUGGAAUUACCACUAGCAGUCAACCCAACGGGCAGUGCGCGCUCUGAACCACAUGUUCGAUCCCGCUUUAAAACAAGAACGCGAGCAAUUCGUAACACAUCUGGAUCAACGGUAUCGACAUCUCGACCGUCUCGUGCUAAUGCUGCUACCCCACAGCAAUCUACAGACGACACUAAUUCACCGUACAUGAAACACUUYGUCUACUCCAAGGCAUCUCAAUACAGAAAGCUCAAGUCUGAGUGGAGGCAGAAUGUUGUACUCGGACGCUCAAAUAUCCAAGGACUUGGAUUGUUUGCUAACAGAGAAAUCGAACCCAACAGCAUGGUCAUCGAGUACAUUGGUUCGAUUAUUCGUAAUGAAGUCGCUAAUAGAAAAGAGAGUAUCUACGAGUCUCAGAACCGCGGUAUCUAUAUGUUUAGAAUGGAUAACGAUGCCGUGAUCGAUGCAACAAUGGCCGGUGGACCAGCGCGUUACAUCAACCAUUCUUGCAUGCCAAACUGUGUCGCUGAAGUUGUAACAUUUGAAAAGGAGCAAAAAAUCAUCAUCAUCUCAAACCGCAAAGUUGAACGUGGAGAAGAGUUAACCUACGAUUACAAGUUUGAUUUUGAAGACGACGAACACAAGAUUUCAUGCCUUUGCGGAGCUCCAAACUGCCGCAAAUGGAUGAACUAA